ACACUGAAUUAAAGCAAUAUUGAACCAUGCUUGGAAAGUGCAUCACUUGUUGCCGCAAACAUCCUCCACACUUUGAACACCCCAGUGUUCAACUUCUCAGCCAUUUCAUGUCUGUCAUACCCAGAUCUGAAUUUAAUGCGGUUCUAAUUGUUCUAUGUUCUGCAUUGUAAUUAACUGUCAUACAUAGCAUAUGGUGACUAGAAAUAACAAACCGCUCAAACAGCUAAGGAAUUGUUGCCUAUAAUUUAGUUACUAAACUAACAAUGUUAUACAAUAGCUUAUAUUGUGUUUACUGUAGACUUCAUUGUCUUCACUGGAGGUUAUAAAUGUCUUUGUGCACAUUAUGCAAAUUGAAUUUUGUUACCAAACCUCAGUCACCCUUUGUGUGCUGAGUUUCAUCUAAAUAUUUUAAUUCUGUAGAGUUUUCUUGUUUGCUGUAGUGUUCAGUGUCUGUGUCAUCCUUACUAGAGCAUGCACAUCCUUUUUUAUUUUAUUUGCCAUGCGAUGUGCAGUUCGGUUGAAUUUCUUGCAGAAGAGCAGCAUCUGCUACCUGGCCUUUCCGGAUUCCAAUUCCGGUUGCAUGGGGGACACCCAGUUUCACUUCCGCAUCAGGCAGUGUGCACUGCCCCAGAGGCCACUGUGCCCUGCCCUGGUGGCGUACAAUGCCACAGUCGCACCUGCUCUGCAGGCUGAUCCUGCCUAUUUCCACGGAUUUGUGUACUUUCGUCAGGUCAAGGACCCCAACGUGCGUAGGGGAUAUUUUCAGAAGUCCCUUGUGGUGCUCACACGGCUGCCACUGGUUGGUCUCUUCAGCCGCGUGCUCUCCCUCAUAGCUCAGGAAUACUUUCGCACGAGUCUGCCUAGCCUCGAGGCAGCCCUGCGGAACCUGGAGAGCUGGCCUGCCCCCAUGCCAGGCUGUGCCCUCAGCCUGCCGCUGCAUGGAGUGUCCCUGGAGGCUCGAAUUCCGCCCCUGCAAGGUUUGGGCCGCACGCUAGGCCCGCCUUCGGUCCAGCCAGGUCUGGACCCAGUGCCCUCCGUGCACGAGGUGGACCUGUUUCGGUGCCUGAUGCCUUUGCUGUCUCAUGUACAGCUUCUGUGGGAAUUGGUGCUGGUGUCAGAGCCCAUAGUUGUGAUGGCUUCAUCGCCUGCUGUGUGCUCGGAGACUGUUCUUGCCUUAGUGGGGCUAGUGUGGCCCCGGCGGUACUGUGCUGACUACCGGCCUUUCUUCACAAUCCAUGACAGCGAGUUCAAGGAAUACACUGCGGGUUCACACUGCCUGCCCUCUGUGAUUCUGGGCGUGACCAACCCAUUUGCUAAGACACUCCAGCACUGGCCUCAUGUGCUGCGACUUGGGGACGACCCUCUACCUGAUUCCCCUCAGAAGCUCAAGAAAGCAGGCCAGCUGCGGACGCUAGACAGCAAACCAGGCUUGUACACCCAGCACAAACCAUUCCUGCAGAAAGACAAGGUGCUCCUCAAGAAGCUGUCAAAGGGUGUGCAGACCAGGCGCCCGAGUGAAGUUCAGAGUGCCCUGCUCAAACGCUACCUCCUUGAGCUCACACAGAGCUUCAUGAUUCCCUUGGAACGCUAUAUGGCCAGUCUGAUGCCUCUACAGAGGAACAUAUCUCCAUACAAGGGCACACCAUCACUGAAACCUUUCAACCAGGAUGAUUUUCUUCGUAGUCUUGACACAGCUGGUCCUCAGCUGACAACUGGCAUUAAGGGUGACUGGGCAGCACUUUACAGGAGAUUUUUCAAAAGCAGCAACUUCAUAGGCUGGUACCAGGGACGCCGAAAAGAAGCCUCUCAGAAACUGCAGGCAUUGCACGCUGAAGCCAUUUCAGAUGCUGAUUUGCUUCUCUGGACGAGGGACAAGGAGGAAGUGGAAGUUGUUGACCUGGUCCUUAGGCUAAAGGACAAACUGGUAAGUGCAUAA